AUGGCGUCGUCUGCUGGACAUUCCUUGUUGCGGCCGUAUCGUGGAGGAGAUGACGACCUGGAAGCGUUCUUGCUGAAAUUCCGCGUGGUGUCACGGAUACAGAAAUGGACGUCGGAAGCUAAAAGAAUGGACCACUUUCCUUUAUUCCUAGACAAGGACGCGUUCACUGUUUGGAGUGCGCUGCCGGACGUCGAGCAGACCAGUGAGGAGGUUGUCCAUGGUGCGCUCCGAGCCGCUUUCUGCAUCACGCCAGCAGAGGCGUAUAAGAAGUUUGUGGCCAGAACUCUUCGUCGGGGAGAGAGCGUUGACGUCUACUUGGCCGACUUGAGGAGGUUUCUCCGCCAGAGUGGUCAUGUGGAAGCGCGUGACACUUCGUCAGGGAAGUCAAGUGACCCAGUGCUCCUGGAGCAGUUUCUGCUCGGCAUUCCGCAGGUGCUGGCAUGUCAGGUGCGCCUCCAGCAUGCCUUGCACUGUAUGACUGUGGAUCAGUGUGCGGAUCAAGUUCGCGUGUUGGUUUCUGCAACCCAGGUGUCGGCUGCACCAGUACAGGGUGUACGUUCUGCGACAUUUGCAGCGACGUCGUCUAGUAGCAGCGGACCUAGCAAGCGGUCUGUGUUGUGUUACCGGUGUAAUAAGGUCGGCCAUAUUCAGCGGAAUUGCCCGCAGCUACCUAAGUCACCAGCAUCCGGCGAACCUGUUUGCUAUGGUUGCAAGGAGCGAGGCCACGUCCGCAGUGCGUGCCCCCAGCGGAAGGGGUGUGCUGGAGCAGCUGCGAGUGAGGAUGUCGGCCAUGUCUGCGUCGCGUCGGAGAUUGAUGGGCCCGCAGUAGCGUUGCCACGGAUCUUCUUGCCUGUGAAGCGUUGUGAUGCUGUGGCGUUUCGGCGUUGUGUUGCUGCCAUCGACUCGUGCUCAACACACACGUUGGUGUCUCGUCAGUUGGCAGAGGACUUGGCACUGGAGGUGACGACGUCAACGCCUGAUAUCAUCACCGUUGACGGCAAUACACUCAAGGUAUUGGGCUCGGCUGUUCUGGAUGUCGAGCGGGUGGACGAGACGGUAUUUCUGCCUUUCUCGUCUGUGUCUGUAUCAAUUGUUCCGGAGUUGAGUGUUGUGAAUGCGGACGUGCUUCUGGGCCUCAACCUGAUAUCGCAGCAUGGCGGAGUCGACCUCAAGUACGCGGACUCCAAGCUCGUCGGAGCAUCUUUCGGUCAAGCAGCUUCAGCUUCCGCAGAUGUGCCCAGUUCGGACGUGCGCAGUGAUGAUGGUGAUUCGCCUCAGCUGCUACGCCAUGUUACCGUGGAGCAUGACGGGGAAGAUGUCAUUCUGACCACUGCGGAUGGGUCAGUUCGUUGGCGCGCUGAUGUUGGCUACUGGGAGCUUACGUGGGCAUGGAAAGACGAACCCCCCAUGCGUCCAGUCGGGUCAGGCAUUGGUGAAUAUUCCCGGCAUAGCUUGUCUACAGACCAGGAGUCACAGUUCUGCGAGGAAGUGGACAUGUGGAUCCGCAAUGGAUGGUUGGUACCCCAUGACCAAGCAGUCCAUGGUGAGCCUGGUGCUGUGUUGCCCUUGUUGGCGGUGGCCCAGACGCACAAGGAGUCCACCCCUGUCCGCCCGUGUUUGGACUACCGGCAACUCAACAAGUUGAUUGUGUCGCAUCCAGGUUUGGACGUGCCUGUUUGCCAAGAGAAGUUGCGUCAGUGGAGGUCUAUUGGCAACGCCGACAGCCACGUGUUGCUGGACAUCAGCAAGGCUUACCUCAACAUCCGCAUCGCGCCAGCUCUCGCCAAGUUCCAAACGGUCGUCUGGAAGGGCCAGCUGUUUGCAAUGGAGAGGAUGGGCUUCGGUCUAUCGAUUGCGCCCAAAUUCAUGGACAUAAUCGUCAAGUGGGUCCUCCGUGCGUAUGCUGAUGUGGACAACUGUGUCGACGAUUUGUAUGUUCCGAAGCCUCGUCUGCGUGCUGUCACCGAUCAGUUGUCGCAGUAUGGGUUGCCCACCAAGCCAGCGGAGCCAGUCGUCUCUGCUAGGGUACUUGGUCUGCAGCUGUCAGAGUCUGCAGAUGGCCAAGUGAGGUGGAAGCGUCGUGGUGACGUCAUGCCGACCUGUCAGCCCAAUGCCAUCACACGACGCGAGAUUUUCAAGUGGUGUGGCAAGCUGACCAGCCACUAUCCUGUCGGCUCCUGGCUGCGCCCAGCGUGCAGUUAUCUGAAGCGUCUGUCUAGCCUUCAGCCUGGAUGGGAUGAUCCAGUGUCUCAUGAAGUCGUCGCUUGUUGUGCGGAAGUCAUUCACCGUCUGCAGACCGAUGACCCUGCGCAAGGUGUGUGGUCAGUUCCUGAAGGCGCACAGUGGUCGUUGUGGUGUGAUGCUUCGGACAUCGCACAUGGUGCUGUCAUUCAGGCCGAUGGUAUGAUCGUCGAGGAUGGCUGCUGGCUGCGGCAGAAGGACGACCGGCGACACAUUAACAUCGCUGAGCUUGACGCCGUGAUCAAGGGAUUGAACCUUGCCGUGCAGUGGCAAGUGAAGGAGCUCACGCUAUUCACCGAUUCCAAGACUGUGGCUGCUUGGUUGCAAUCGGUGCUUGGCAAUGUGUCUCGUGUUCGCGUCAGCGGCCUGCAGCAGGUACUUGUGCAGCGCCGUCUCCAGAUUAUCACUGAUCUCGUCGCUGUCACGGGCUUGACGGUCAAGGUCCAGUGGAUCAGCAGUCAGCAGAACAAGGCGGAUCAAUUGACCCGUGUUCCCAGCAGCUGGAUCCGAUGUGGCAAGACGCUCCUUGCUCGGACUGCACCGUCCGUCACCGCUGCGGUGGUGACCGUUGGUCCAUUCUCAUUGGACAGAGUAUCUGCUGCUCAGAAUGCAGAUCCUCGGAUUGUUUCGACUCGCCAGCAAGUCAUCGAUGGUAAAGUGGUGGAUGUUGAACUGCUGAAGCGUGAUGUUGGUGCUGAGGUGUUUGCUGAUGUGCCUGCUGCGGAUGCUGUUGCUGAUGUGCCUACUGCAGAUGCUGUUGCUGAUGUGCCUGCUGCAGAUGCUGUUAUUGAUAUGCCUGCUGCAGAUGCUGUUAUUGAUGUGCCUGCUGCAGAUGCUGUUGUUGAUGUGCCUGCUCCGGGUGCUGUCCCUGAUGCUGGGUCUGGGUUUGAUCCCCGUGAUCCUAAUUAUGUGCCGCUUCGAGCCCCUGCCGAUGAUCCUGCUCCGUAUCAGUUUCGCCCAUAUGGCCUCCGUCAGCGUGGUUCGCUUGCACCCCCUCAGCGCUUCCGUUAG